AUGUCUGCUGUGUUUAGUAACGCAACGUUGUGCGAACUCAUUCGUGAGAACACUUACUCUAAGACGUUGCAAAAUGUUUAUCAAUUGCAACCACAAUUGAAUGUGAUGGAAAAAUACUGGGCUGCAUGGUACACUUAUAUGAACAACGAUGUGCUAGCGACUGGUUUAAUGUUUUUCCUACUUCACGAAGUUAUGUAUUUCACAAGAAGUUUGCCAUGGUUCAUCAUUGAUCAAAUACCAUAUUUUAGGAAAUGGAAGAUACAACCAACAAAGAUUCCAAGUGCCAAGGAACAAUGGCACUGUCUAAAAUCUGUUGUGCUAUCCCAUUUCUUAGUCGAAGCUAUUCCAAUCUGGACUUUCCAUCCAAUGUGUGAGAAACUCGGUAUCUCCGUUCAAGUCCCAUUCCCAUCUUUGACUACCAUGUGUCUAGAGAUUGGUUUGUUUUUCUUCUUAGAGGAUAUGUGGCAUUACUGGGCUCACCGUCUGUUCCAUUACGGUGUCUUUUACAAGUACAUUCACAAGCAACAUCACAGAUAUGCGGCUCCAUUUGGUCUAUCUGCAGAAUAUGCUCAUCCUGCUGAGACCAUGUCUUUGGGUUUCGGUACUGUUGGUAUGCCAAUCCUUUACGUCAUGUACACUGGUAAACUACAUCUGUUCACCCUUUGUGUAUGGAUUACUUUGAGACUUUUCCAAGCCGUUGACUCUCACUCCGGUUAUGAUUUCCCAUGGUCUUUGAACAAAUUUCUACCAUUCUGGGCCGGUGCUGAGCACCAUGAUCUACACCAUCAUUACUUUAUUGGUAACUACGCAUCGUCUUUCAGAUGGUGGGAUUUCUGCUUGGACACUGAAGCUGGUCCAGAGGCAAAGGCUGCCAGAGAAGAAAGAAUGAAAUUAAAGGCUGAAUCUAACGCUAAGAAGAAUGAAUAG